AUGGAAGAGAUGGAAGAGGAGUUAAAAUGCCCUGUGUGCGGCUCCUUCUAUCGGGAGCCCAUCAUCCUGCCCUGCUCUCACAAUUUAUGUCAAGCGUGCGCCCGCAACAUCCUGGUACAGACCCCGGAGUCUGAAUCGCCCCAGAGCCGUCGGGCUUCGGGCUCCGGGGUCUCCGACUAUGACUAUCUGGACCUGGACAAGAUGAGCCUGUACAGCGAAGCGGACAGCGGCUAUGGUUCCUACGGGGGUUUCGCCAGUGCCCCCACUACCCCGUGCCAGAAGUCCCCCAAUGGCGUCCGCGUGUUCCCCCCCGCUAUGCCGCCACCGGCCACCCACCUGUCACCGGCCUUGGCCCCGGUGCCCCGCAACUCCUGUAUCACCUGCCCCCAGUGCCACCGCAGCCUCAUACUGGAUGACCGGGGGCUCCGCGGCUUCCCCAAGAACCGCGUCCUGGAAGGGGUAAUUGACCGCUACCAGCAGAGCAAAGCCGCAGCCCUCAAGUGCCAGCUCUGCGAGAAGGCGCCUAAGGAGGCCACCGUCAUGUGCGAACAGUGCGAUGUCUUCUACUGCGAUCCGUGCCGCCUGCGCUGCCACCCGCCCCGAGGGCCCCUAGCCAAGCACCGCCUGGUACCCCCGGCCCAGGGCCGCGUGAGCCGGCGACUGAGCCCGCGCAAGGUCUCCACCUGCACAGACCACGAGCUGGAGAACCACAGCAUGUAUUGCGUGCAGUGCAAGAUGCCUGUGUGCUACCAGUGCUUGGAGGAGGGCAAACACUCCAGCCAUGAAGUCAAAGCUCUGGGGGCCAUGUGGAAACUGCACAAGAGCCAGCUCUCCCAGGCGCUGAACGGACUAUCAGACAGGGCCAAAGAAGCCAAGGAGUUUCUGGUGCAGCUCCGCAACAUGGUCCAGCAGAUCCAGGAGAACAGCGUGGAGUUUGAGGCUUGCCUGGUGGCCCAAUGUGAUGCCCUCAUCGAUGCCCUCAACAGAAGGAAAGCCCAGCUGCUUGCACGUGUCAACAAGGAGCAUGAACACAAGCUGAAGGUGGUUCGAGAUCAGAUCUCUCACUGCACAGUGAAAUUGCGCCAGACCACAGGUCUCAUGGAGUACUGCCUGGAGGUCAUUAAGGAAAAUGAUCCUAGUGGCUUUUUGCAGAUUUCUGACGCCCUCAUAAGGAGAGUGCACCUGACUGAGGACCAGUGGGGGAAAGGCACGCUCACUCCCAGGAUGACCACGGACUUCGACCUGAGUCUGGACAACAGCCCUCUACUGCAAUCCAUUCACCAGCUUGACUUCGUGCAGAUGAAAGCUUCCUCUCCAGUCCCAGCAACCCCCAUCCUGCAGCUGGAGGAGUGCUGUACUCACAACAACAGCGCCACGCUGUCCUGGAAACAGCCACCCCUGUCCACGGUGCCUGCCGAAGGCUACAUUCUGGAGCUGGAUGACGGCAAUGGUGGUCAGUUCCGGGAAGUGUAUGUUGGAAAGGAGACGAUGUGCACCGUGGACGGUCUUCACUUCAACAGCACAUACAACGCUCGCAUCAAGGCCUUCAACAAAACAGGAGUGAGCCAGUACAGCAAGACCCUGGUCCUCCAAACGUCUGAGGACACAGAUUCAGAAGAACAGACACUCCCUUUUCCAGUGCCUUCGGAAAGAUUGCCGCUCCGUAGAAUGAGUCCUUUCUCCUCCACCCUUAAUCUACAACCCAGCUUUCCCGGGAGAUCCUACUUUGAUUUACGAUCCUCACCCCACCAGCUGAGCUUGCAUUCUUCUUUGCAGUCUCUCAAUGUACCGGGAUGCAGCUUUGAGCCGCAGUCUGCACCUUACUCUCAGUUAGUUGACAUUAAAAAGCUGUUGGCAGUGGCCUGGUUUGCUUUCGACCCCGGUUCGGCACACGCUGACAUCAUCUUCUCCAACGACAACCUGACUGUGACCUGCAGCAGCUACGAUGACCGGGUGGUGCUGGGGAAGACCGGCUUCUCCAAGGGCGUCCACUACUGGGAGCUAACCGUGGAUCGCUACGAAAACCACCCUGACCCUGCCUUCGGCGUGGCUCGCAUCGACGUGAUGAAGGAUGUGAUGUUAGGGAAGGACGACAAAGCUUGGGCAAUGUAUGUGGACAAUAACCGGAGCUGGUUCAUGCACAACAACUCGCACACCAACAGAACUGAGGGAGGGAUCACCAAGGGGGCCACAAUCGGGGUCCUCCUCGACUUGAACAGGAAAACCUUGACCUUUUUUAUCAACGACGAACAGCAGGGUCCCAUAGCCUUCGAGAACGUGGAAGGCCUGUUCUUCCCGGCGGUGAGCCUGAACAGGAAUGUGCAGGUCACGCUUCACACCGGGCUCCCGGUCCCUGACUUCUACUCCAGCAGAGCAUCAAUAGCCUAA